AUGUUCAAGAAGAAGCCGACAGUCAAGCCUCUGGCGCCUUUACGUUCGUCGGACCGCCGCAAGACAGCCGACAGCAUCAUCGCCGAGUAUGGCCUGCAACCAAAAGCCCAGGACGACACCAAGGUCGAGGACAAAGCAGCCGCCACGCAAGAAACAACAGCGCUGAGAAACGCCCUGCUGCCCGAUGGCGUCCAGACCGCACGAUUCACCACCACUCAUGGUCCCGACCUCAAACAUGUCUCUGGCACCGUCUAUGUUGGAGCAUACCCUGGAGAUGAUGCCCGAGUACUAUGGUUCAAGAUUGAGGAUCGCAUGUAUCCCACAGUAUACACGCUCUGGAAACAACCCGGCAUCGUACCUCUGUUGCACACACCCGGCUUUGUCGUCCAGAAGCUGCAAGGCGGUGCGGAUCUCAUGACUCCAGGCCUGGCCAAUGGUCCUCCCUUCCACCCAAAGGCCAUCAAAGGUGCUGUUGUCGCUAUCGCAAGCCUUGAACAGCCUUCGGUACCUGUCGCUGUUGGUGCUUGUCUGAUCGAUGUCGGCUCGCUUGAUGUUGUCCAAGGUUCUCGUGGCCAUGCUGUGCAGACGAUGCACUGGGCUGGCGACGAGAUCUGGUCCUACAGUAAUACAAACAAGCCUGGCAUCAACCCUCCGGAGUCUAUUGAAGGCUGGCUUGCAAGCAAAGACGAUGAGGAAAAGCUGGCCGAGCAGGCUGCCGACCUAAACAUCGACNGAAGACGAGGAAGAACAAGGGGUGUCAACUUGGACAAGUCUCCUUCAGACCAGCCUGACCCAUCAGAAGGCCUGGAAGAGGAUGCUCCCGCAGAUGAAGGUCUUGUCGAGAAGGUUGAUGUCCAAGAAAUGACCAUCAGGGGUACGCCAGUUCUCUAUGGCCUCCUUGUCAAGAAUGUGCUAACGAUAACCANNGAAAUUGAUGACGCUUUCCGCAAAGCCUUCAUCUACGGCGUACAUCACCACAAGGAGACCAACUCCAGCCAACCAAACUUCGGCCUCGAGUACCCCUUGACUCAAUCAUUCGUCAUGUCCAAUCUCGUCCAACCUUUUCUUCCUGCCUACACGCCAGAACAAGCAAACUCGCUACAAAUCAAANAGUCGAGCUACAAGAAUAUCAAAAAGUUCAUCAAAUCGCUAGACAAGGCAAAGAUUGUCAAGACAAAAGAGAGGGACCAACACGAGACCGUCAUCCUCGACAUUGACUUCAACGACGCUGCUAUUGUCGACUUCAAGCCCUACCGUCUACCUAAGAAGGAAACAGCAGCCGGCACAAGUCUCGGCCGCGGCGCCAAAGCAACAACCGAAAUCGACACAGCCGAUGGUUCAAUCGGCCAAAAACUCGAAAAGCAACAAUACUACAAGCUAAAAGACAGACUGCUGCCUCUCUUCGAGUCAGCAGACGCAUCUUCUCAAUCGCUCUUUACAGCCGCAGAGAUCAAACCCAUCAUGACCGCCUACAUCGAGUCAGAAAACCUUGUCAACCCAAAGAACAAACGCCUCAUCACCCUCAACCCUACCCUAGCGAAUGCCGUCUUCGAUGGCUCAACUCCUCUGGAUAAGGAAGUCCUUGCCAAAGGUUCCGUCCCCAGAGACGCCCUCACCGAACGCAUCCUCCAAGCCUGCACGCCCCACUACGCCAUCGUCCGCACCUCCCCUUCCUCCAUUCCAACACCGAAGCCCAAAUCCGGCGCAGCACCAAAGAUCAAAGUCACCCUCGAAACACGCUCGGGCAACAAGACCGUGACCAAAGUCUCGGGAGUGGAAGCUUACUUCAUACCUCCCNAGCCGCUGGCCGACGAAUUAAGGAAGAUGUGUGCGGGCAGUAGUAGUGUUGAGCAGUUGCAUGGAAGCAGCCCCAAAGCUCCUGUAAUGGAGAUCAUGAUUCAAGGGCCACAGAAGGAUGCUGUCAUGAAGGCGUUGGAGAAGAGAGGUGUAAGAUCUGCGUGGGUAGAAUAUCUGGACAAGACCAAGGGAAAGAAGAAGUAG